AUGAGGAGGGCAUGGCAGCAGUGGUGCCGUGCUGCCAGGGGCUCUGCGUGCCCUUAUCUUGAGCAUAUAGGGCUGCGGAAGGGACUUCCAAGUACCAGGCCCUGCGAUCUCAGAGCCACUUCUGUCCCAUCUCUGCCCUUGGAGGGGGAACAGGUAGUCCAGACAAUUAGAGGACAGAGGGGGCUGUGUUCUGACGGGGCCACGCAGGCAUUGAGGAAACACAGCGGGCCCCUCCCCUGGCUGGGAUGGGGAUGUCUGUGUGCCAUCAUCUCACUCCAUCUGCUCAUUCCUUUGCUCAUUCAUCUAUCCAUUCAUUCGAGUCACCUCAUGCACAUUUUCCAAGGCUGCCUGUGGCCUGGCCCUGUGCUGGGUAGAGCUGAGGAUGCCAAGGUGAAGGUGAAUUCCUCCUGUGCCUGGCCCCGGCCCCAGUCUGCUGGAAGAACCAGACACAGACAAUCAUGUUGCGGGGAAACGCGUGCUCCAUCGGAAACGUCCGAGCAGAGGGUGGGCAGAGAGGCCCAGCGUGCACCAGGGCCUUGCUCAGGUCGGCACCAGGCCUGCCUGGAGCAGCCAACUGUGGGAGAAGGAGUUGGUGAAAGAUGGGCCCCACCUGGGCCAUGCACAGAAGGGCUGAGGGGUAGGGGGCAAGGGGUUGAAGAUCAGGCCCUGCUGCCAUGCCACACGGCUGUCCUCUGUCCCUGCCCCUGGGGGAGCUGAAACUGCAUGGAAGGUCCUCCAGGGGUGCCCCGUCUAAUAAACUCGAUGAAGAGGAGUGCCGCCGUCAUUCUGUGUCCCUGACAGCCGGUCCCCGCUGAGGCCUGUGCUUUCUCCAACAUGGGAAUCAGUCCUUCUAUCCUUCAAGACCCAGGGUUCUGGCCUCAGUCUCCUCCUCCAGGUCCAGGAGUCUGGGUCUGCCAACCCCUUGAUCAGGAGUCCAGGCCCCAGCCCCUCCUCC